AUGCAUAUAGUAUUUAUAACAGAACCCGGCAUUGCUUCUCAAGCAAACACAACACAUUUUCCCUGCACUGCUUUCUUUCUGCUAUCUACACUACAUUACAUACUUCUAAAAAUGGCAAAAACUUUCCCUGAGUUUCUGAGUUACCUAGCUAUACUUAGCAUGCUAUUUGCGCCAUCCCUUUGUGAUCAAGCAACCGAAACUGCUCCUUCAUGCUCGACUGUCAUCUCAAACGUCGCUGCAUGCUUACCCUUCAUUUCACACACCUCUCCCUCGCCUUCAGGGAUUUGUUGCGGUGGAGUUAAGAAUGUGGCAGGAUUGGCCAAGACUCAUGAUGAUAAGAUGGCCAUUUGCAAUUGCUUGAAGACAAAUUUGGCUAAUAUUCAGUAUGAUCCUGCCCUUGUUGCUGCUCUGCCUAAGCAAUGUUCAGUUAACAUCAAUCUCCCUCCGAUUUCCAAAAACACGGACUGCUCCAAGGUUGUUUUUGGGAAUCCCAUGAACUACUAGCUACACCAAUAAGAAAGAUGAAGACUGCA